UUUUCAAAAAACCUUUGAAGUACCACAAGAUUAACACUAGCAUAUAGGCAUUAGGGGGAUGCUAUGUUAAUAUUUUAUAAAAAGUUGUAUUUGAUGGAGGUUUAAAUUGUCAAACUUGGACAGAAAUAGUGAAUUACCAAAUGAAAGUGGAUGCCAAAUUGAAUCAAUUUACAGUAUUUGGUUGAACAGUAUCAAGUUAUUUAAUUAUACUUGGUUUAAAUGAUUACAUGUAACACAUAUUGAUUUCCUAUGGAUAAAACUAACUAAUGAGAAGACUCGCAAAAUAGAACAAGCCAAUACAAUCUAGAUUUCCUACAUUUUCUUACAAAAUACAACAAAGAUGAAGCAGUUAACAUGGAAUUAAGUCCAUGUAUAUGGAACAAAAAUUUGACAGAGACUUUAAAUUGCUAAACAGCAGCCUUGACCAUAUUAUGAUGAAAAAUAGUCAGUUGAGACUUUUUUGUCAGGUAUAGCACCGGAUGGGCUAUGGACACUCUUAAACAAAAGACAUGCAAUCAACUCAGCAGAUAUACAUAGAGUGGAGACAAUUACUACACUACAUAAAACAAUAUAACAUACAUCUGAUUGAAAACACUGUGGACUUCUAUUGAUUGAGUUUCAUAAAGGAUAAACAGAAUCAACAAGAGAAAUCAACAUAGAGAUGUAAUAAUUGUAGUUCCAAUAUUAAUUUUAUAUUUCUGUAUUUAUAUAGCAUUUAACUCAUCACAAUUGACAUGGGAUAUGAUAACACUAAAGGAUGGAAGCGAGAAAAUAUUAUUGAUUUCGAUGCAUGAUUGAUUGCUGGAUUUGAUAAAGCCUUGGAUUUAGAUUCAACACACAGCUGUGAAAGUAACAAAUGUUGAAUAAAAUAUCAUCAUUCUACUUGUUGCUAUGAGAAAUCAUCAAUAAAAUGAUUGUUGCUAAGGAGAUAUGAGCCAUCAAAUUUCUUGGAAUUUAUAUUACAAUUAAUCAUUGUUACAAACAGAUGUAUUUUAAAUAUUUAGACAUGAAUAGAAAUACAGAUACAAUUGUAAUAAGUGGAACAUCUUUUAGAAGACCAAGAAAAACAAGAGUGCUAGCGAUGAAUGGACAUAAUGUAACGCUGUAUGACUCUCUAGGUCAAGGAGAGGACUUGACCUUGAGAGGUCAAGAUCAACAGAGGUCAAACAAUCAAACAUAUACACCAUCAUGGCUUGAUGAAAGCCUCUCGAAAUAUAAACUGAAUAACUUUGGAGCGACAAAAACUAAAUCACACAUGGAAGGGAGUGUCAAAUUGGAUCCUUUAACUGAAACUAGCGACAAGAAAACAUCUUUAAAAGAUCGGGACUUUAAUAAUGAACUCCAUGUUGAGCUACCCAUUGCAAACAAACCCCAUCACAGGUCAUUUCUUGAUAGAGAUCUAUCAUACUUGUCUAAAGUUUUCAGUGAUGUCACAAUGGAACAAGAUGACACAGCUUUGGCACCCACAGAUAAACUGAGGCAAGCAAAAUCUGAAGAUCUGCUCUCCAUGGAAACUGGAAAAAACAUUGCCAUGGAUACUCACACUGAUGUAAUUAUCCAUCACAAACCUAAAACCAAAAACAGAAUAAAUAUGAAAUGCCCUACCAGCAUAGAACAGAAGAAAACAGACAUUAAAUCUACACCCAAUAAAAAUACUGAAUUUCGUCAGUUGAUUGUUCGAGAUUUCACAUUUUCAGGGAAGAAAUUCCUGGAUAAAAAUACAGCAAAGAGAAAAUUUACCCUCCCAAAAAAUAAACGUAGAGAUAGUUUCUCAGGUAUUCCAAAGUUGAAAACAAACAAAAAUCCAAAACGCAGCGAGACAUUUGGAGUACAAAAAUUGGAUAAUUUGGAAAAGGAAUACAAAAAGUUGCAUGAAUCUCUUGUUAAUACACAAUGAUGUAACUGUAACACAGUCUCUCU